AUGGAUAUCCUUCCGGAUCAAUUUAAAGAUUUUGCCACAAAAUCAUAUUGGGAAAAAUUUUUUAAAAGAAAACAGGCACCUUUUGAGUGGUACGGUGAUUAUGAGAUAAUUUCUAAUAUACUUGAUCAUUAUCUUAAACCUAGUGAUAAAAUUCUUCAAGUUGGUUGUGGAAGUUCUAUUAUUGCUGAAAAUUUAUAUGAUAAUGGAUAUAGAAAUAUUGAAAAUAUUGAUACUGAUGGAGGAGUAAUUACUACACAAGCCAGGAGAAAUGUUUUAACAAGACCAGAACUUAUUUUUAGAGAAGAAUCAGCUACAAAUAUUAAAAAAGAGGAUGAAUAUUAUAAUAUUGUUUUUGAUAAGGGUACUCUUGAUGCAAUGUAUCCACCUGAAUAUGAUGAUAGUCAUACAAAAGAUGUUGAAGAUAUGUUUAAUGAAAUAACAAGAGUUCUUGUACCAACAGGAAAAUAUAUUAUUGUUUCACUUCUUCAAGAUCAUAUAUUAAAAAAAAUUGUUGAAUUUUUUAAACGUGUUAAUCAAUAUUCUAUUCGUUUUCAUUGUGCAGAUGGAGGAGAGGUAUCUGAUUUUCCAUUACCAGUAUUUGUUGUUGUUAUUACUAAAUUUAAAAUGCCAAUGCCAAUAGAAAUACCAAUGGAAUAUAUGCAAAAUAGUACCAUGAAAGCUGUCAAAAGAAUGUCUAAUAUGGAUGAAAUAUUAGAUGUUAUAAAUAGUGAAAGAGAAUUUAAUAUGUAUGCUACUUAUAAAACAAAAAAUUUUAGAGAACAAUCAAGUUUUAAAAUUUUUGAUUUAAAAAAUAAAGAUCAGGAACGGUAUAUUGUUUAUGUUGUUGAUGAUCCUAAUACUAAAGAUAUUGUAACAAUGGCUGUAUAUGUUGUAUCUGUUGAAGAAAGUAAUGGAUACCUUUAUUCAACAACAAAAGGAAGAGAAAUUAUUAGAAAAAAUUGUGGAGUUUCAAGAUUAUUAAUGUUUUAUAAAUUACCUAAUCAAGAUUAUGGUGAUCUUUCAAGUGUUAAUGAUGAGGUUGCUGAUUUAGUUAGGCGUCUUACUCCUACAUCAAUGAAAAAUACUAAAAUAAGUUUUGUUGAAGCACGUAAUCCAGCUCAAAGUACAAAAAUUGUUAAAAAAGGAACAAGCAGAAUAAAUGGUGAGUGGAAAGUUUGUGAUGUUAAAAUUUCAAAUACUUAUUCACGUCAAUUAACAUUUAAUGGUUGUCCUAAUCUUAUUCAAUCUGAAGUUUAUCUUAAUAAAGUUAAAGGAAAAAUGGAACUAGAUAUGACAAGACUUAACAGUCAAUACCAUUAUAGUUUUUUAUUAGCUUUAUCUUUAAAUAACUUAAAAGUUUUUAUACAAAGAAAAGAAAUUGAGAUGAGAAUUUUAGUUCUUGGUAUUGGUGGUGGAUUAUUUAGUACAUUUUUAUAUGAUUUUUUCCCAAAGUCAACUAUUGUUGGUGUGGAUCUUGAUGAAGAUGUUGUUAAAAUUGCUAAAAAUUAUUUUAAAUUUCCAACUUCAGAAAGAAUGAUUGUUCAUAUUGAUGAUGCUUAUGAAUUUGUCAAAAAAGAAGCAUCUUUAGAUAAAAAAUAUGAUGCUAUUUUUGUUGAUAUUGCUGGUUCUGGGUCAGAUAAUAUUAUUAAUUGUCCACCACCACGUUUUUUCAGUUCAGAAGUUUUAAGUGAUAUUAAAAAAUGUCUUACUGAUACAGGUGUUUUAGCAAUUAAUGUCGUUACUAGAGAUGAAGAAAUGCAUGAAGCAGUUCGCCAUCAAAUUCAACAAGUAUUUUCUAAAAUAUAUAAUGCAACAUGUGAUAUGGAUAUUAAUCAAGUUAUUAUAUGUCCUUUAAAUUCUAUUCAUGUUACACAAACUAAAUAUCCAACAGUUUCAAUUUUUAAAGGUGCUGAUUUAAAACCUUUCCCAGACUGUGAAGCUGCUUUAGAAUUUGAAUUAAAAAAAUUAAAAAGCCUUACUUAA